UUCAUCGGACCAAUCUAAUUUAUCGUGUGAUAUAUCGCGAGAACAGAAAAAUAACCAAUCAAAGAUAAAGUCUCCUUGUCUCGAGUUCAAAUUAUCUACUGAUCAAGUGCAAAAUGACAUCCCUGAACUAAGUGAUAUCCUGUCCCAAAUAGCAGAAGCUAGUACAUUGGUAAUAAAAAUUUCCUAUAAUCAGAAAGUAGAACAAUGUUUAUUACAUGAGUUAUUUGAAUUUAUCAGAGGCACCGAUUCCAUGUCCUUACAAAGUCUAAAGAAAACUCCAUUGAAUUCUAUCUUCAUUAAACAAAUUUCGGACAUUCCUGUUAAUAUAGAUCUAACUCCAGGUUCUGCACCUCAUUUAGCUCUUUCAAAUCUUAGUUCAGAAAAAAAUAUUGGUGAUCAAAUGGCGAGAACGCAAAUAUAUGAUGAAAUGAUGCAGUAUCUACCUGAAUUAGAUGCGAAAGUAUCAUCAUCUGAAUCUCAAAAAUUGAUCAGCGUGAAGAAUUCUUCACACGUAUAUGGCCAAUCAAAAUCAGAUAUAGAAAUUAAAGCAUGUGAAAAAACUUUAUCAGAAACUGAGUCAUCACAUAUUUUUAAUUCGGAAGAUAUAGUAAAUGAAAAUAACGAAUUUUCAGAAACCGUAACUAUAAUUGAUAGCUUUUCAGAUUCCAAGGAAUUCUCUGAUAGUGAUGGGGAAGUAUCUUCUGAUGACAAUGACUCCAAUGCUGAUGAAACGAAUUUGAAAGAUUCAUCUAAGUUUCCGGAAGAGAAAAGUACAAUCCAUGAAGCAGUACAUAAACGUUUUCCUUUCUUAUCAUAUACUAAUUCAAAUGCAUGGCGCCAGGAUGUUUUUAAAUAUACUGAUUCAGAAGCUAAAUGUCCGGUAUGCAAAGAAGUACAUACUCGUUUAGGUAUAUGGGGUGAUUGGAGCUGUCUCGGUAAAGAUAAGCACUAUUUUCUUAAUUGCCCUUUUCGCAUAGAUCAAAAGAAAGUUAUAAUUGCUGUACAGAGCUUACCGGAAACUCAAGUAAGGGUACCAAACAAAACUCGAGAGGACUUGGAAAGGGAUAUACAGUUCUAUCGUGGUGGAAUAGAAAGGAAGAAAGAUCCUAGAAAAUACUGUGAAUUUUUAACAGAUCGGAAUAGGCUAGUCGGUGAAGAAUUAUUACGUCGUAGUAUAUUAGAAAGUGGUUUAAGUACUGUAUGGCUCGAUGAUCUUAUGGAAGAAUGGCAAAAAACUUAUAAUCAAUUCAUACAAAUUUUCUAUCAGAAUUUCGAUCCUAUUGAGGAAAAGACUUUAUUUGUACCACGG